AUUCUGGGCCAGGAAGAUGAGCGAUAACUUGCAGGAGGUGCAGGGAGGGAAGGCAGCACACAAUAGUCCUGGGCACCUGGAGUGACAAGCAGUGGUGGCAGACUUUUGGAUGAGCCAUGCCACUUUCAUGGAGAUAAGUGCUAAAUUGGCUUUGUCACUUGAGCAGCACGCCACCAGUAUGAGCACCCCUCACUGAAGAAGCAACAUGUGGAACAUCUGGAAACUGGUCACCUGUGACAGCAUCCAAUUUUUGGGAAGAGUUCUGCUGCGGGAGGUCCAAGCCCUUACUCUCUACAGAGAUCAAUAUACUACUUCUCGUCGAACAUCUCCAGUUCUCCAAUUGCAGUGCACUGGUGGCUCAGCUGGAUGCUCCUACGUCCCUGCAGUUGUUCAGUGCCAUAACAAAGGCUGGGAUGGCUUUGAUAUACAGUGGGAGUGUAAGGCAGACUUGGACAUUUCUUAUCGAUUUGGAAGAACUGAAGUGAGCUGUGAAGGCUAUGAUUAUCCAGAUGACCCCUACAUCUUAAAGGGAUCCUGUGGUUUGGAGUACAGGUUAGAGCUAACAGAGGAAGGUGAAAGGAAAACCAAGAACUUUGGCGGAAGCUCUAGUUCCAACUAUUAUCACUCAAGUAAAGUUAAGCCUUCGGAUUCCUCUGAUUCUAGUACUGGAACGAUUAUUAUAAUAGUACUACUGGUCCUUGCUUACGGAGUCUACAAGCUGUUCCUCAGUAACCCGCAGCCUCAACAAGAUUUCUCUGAUGGCAAUGGAUACUCUAGGCCUUCUGGACAGAAUUACCAGGCCCCGCCGCCUCCUGGUUUUAAGUCCAGUUUCACAGGAGCUGGUGGCUUAGGUGGUGGUUCCGGUUAUCAGGCCAACUCAGGAGCAGGGUUUUGGACUGGAUUAGGAACAGGCAGCCUACUGGGAUACUUGGCUGGCAAUCAGAGAGGACAAUCACGCUCAUAUUUUCCACAUUUCAAUUCAUGGACUGGUCCAACAGCUGCACCUCCCACGUGGGGGAAUUCAUGCAACUCCACACAGCCUGGUAGUUCAGGGACAAGAACUGCAUCUGGCUAUGGGGGAACGAAAAGGAGGUGAAGGUUUUGACUCUCUGCACCAAUGGUUCAAUUCAAUAUAACCUUCCUCUGUGCAUCACACAGCCUGUUGUGUUAAUUUUGGGACUUCAGUUUAAAAACUACUGAAAUCUUCUCCCAAAGGAUUUGUGGGAUGUGUCAAGUUUGAAAUAGUUCCACAAAUAAAAGAGAGGGGAUUAUU